UUAUAAUAUAGUAUGUAAAAUUGCCGUUUGGUGUUAAUAAAACAAAACGGUAUAUUAACUUAUUGUAUAAUUAUGUGUACCGGAUACCUAAAGGAAAUUGCUGGGAAGUGGGUCGCCUAAGCAGUAUUAGUGAACCUCCGCAUCACAAAUUGAUUUCUGUUCCAUAUAUAGUAGAAGAAAAACUCGGUUCGAUCAAAAAUAUCAGAGCUCCCUCUCUAACACUAGGUGUUAAAUUAAUUUAAACGUUUAGUCUUUAUCACCCCCCACGCUAUCAAAAAACAAAAAAUAAAAAUAAAAAAUAGGUAUUGUUAUACAAAAUAAUAAUGUAAUGAAUCACCGCGAUUAUAAAGCUGCCAGUCGGUCUUAUGCGCACUGUCCAGCGACGUUUGCGGUUAUGCAGGUCGUGGAUACAGACGGUCGGAAAUUCGUUUUUGCAUAUUUCAUGUCCGUUCCGAUUCCCCCGGCAGAGUAAUCCGAAUUUAAUAUUUUAUCCCUCGUCCCGGCCGCGCCACCGUCACCGCUGUCCACACACACCGACCAUAUAGGUAGCUAAUAUACCGUUGUUCCGCGAGCGCUGAUAAAACACAUUCUCUCUCUCUAUCUUCGAACCCACCACUCCCCGGUAGCUGCGGUACAUCGGCCAAUUCAUAUAUAUAUAUAUUACACGAGUAUAUAGAUACACACGUUCCUCGUACGCGCAUCAAUUAUUCACGUAAACCUCGAAUUUUCACUAUUAAUAUUCGCGACCUCUGAUUCUCGACAACCGCAGCUAUAUACACAUACAUAUUAUGUUGCAUCUCUCUGCCCCUCCCUCUCUCUCGACCAAUACCCCCCCCCCACCUUCAUAUAAAUCCCAGUCGAGAGUCGCAUUAUACCUAACUAUAUAAAACGUGUACGGUCGCCGCUCGGAACGCUACGGUCGCGUCGCUCCAAACACCUGUACAUCAGACCACGAUAGCGAGAUGUAAAAGACCGCACUGCGCAGAGGAGGAACGGUGGUGAUGAUUGGUGCGCCCAACCUUCGAAAUCCUGGACCUAACGGGACAUUGACCAAUGGCAGCAGAGCGUUUCAAUGCCAUCCGGAAGGAGAAUCCGAGGCUACCAUAACACUCACACUUGUCGGCUUGGGCAUAGUUGCAAACACGGUGCUUAUGGCUCUCAUAAUAUUCAACAAACAUCUGCGAAGGUGGUCGCAAGGGCUAUUAUUCCACCAGGCGAUGGUGGACUGCGCGAGGGCGGCCAUAUUGAUACCGUUGGCGCACAGCCUCCUUUAUUGUGUGCCGGUGAAAAAAUGUAGCCUGGUUGAAACCGCGUUCCUGUUGCUGGUCACCGUGUCUACGAUAAACAUGCUAACCAUCGUCCUUAACGACUCGCCGGUGUUCCCGGAGGACGACGAGGAAGACGGCUAUCAGGUGUCUUCGGUGCCACUGUUGCUGGACUCGCCGCAGUGCGUCGUGUUCGGCACGUUCAUGAUAUGGUUCGCAGCCAUUACCAUCAACCUGGGCCCGACAUUCAUGAGCGGCGCGCUGGCCGCUGGCGCUGAGGUGACCAGGGACAAGCCGGGCUGUCCACUCGUGCACGGCCCGUUCCGGCACUACAUACUCAACGCCCUGUGGAUAAUCAUCAACCUGCUGUGCGUGCUGCUCACGCUGUUCCACUUGCGAAAGCUGCACAGGGACCUGACCAAGGCCAACGUGGAAGCUGUCAGGGUGGCCGGACUGGUCACCACGUUGGUAAACGUAACCGGCAACAGUUACUCGGACCCGCGACAUGCACCGAGGAGAAGUUUGGGUGCGGUGGAAGAGCACCAGAGAAUGCGCAACUACCUGUUGCGCAUCGAGAGAGAAGGAGUCCAAAAGGUUAAGAUGUUCGUGGUCAUCACUGCGGCGUAUGUGAUCUUCUGGGGACCAUUAUUUUUCGUCACGUUGGUACAACAUCCGUUAUCCGGCAAUCGUUCCGACUACGAGUCGUUGCUGCAGGUGACGCUGCACGUGGCCAAUGGCCAUUCGUUCGUCAACGCCAUGCUGUUCCUGGUGCUGCACCGGGGACUCCGGCAAGCGGCCGCCGACGCUUGCUGCACCAGCAUGUCCACGGUGGCCAGGUGGCUGACGGCCGGGUGGUCGCCGGAACCGUACACGCUGGACGCAUCGGUGCCGGGCAUGUCGCCCGAGCCCGUGUUGGCCGCGCCGCCGCCACCGCCGCCCACCAGUCUGCCGGCGUACACCAUUCGGCACACUUCGAUGAGGACAAGGUCGAUGAAUCGUUUCCCGGCGGCCCAUCAUCGGGAUCUGCACCACGACUACCAUUCGUCGCAUCCCAACCUACACGACAUGUCGGGCAUCAACAUGGGUCGGUUGUACAACAGUCAUGAGUACCUGCCGAACGAUUACCGCCGAUACAACCACUACUACCAUCACCGGGAAACGCCACCGUGCUCGUCGCCCGAAUGAUUUUAUUUCGCGUCAUCGUCGUCAUCAUCGUCGUCGUCGUCGUCGUCUUUCCCGCGUGUUCGUAUCGUUCCCGUUUCGCGGCCUCCGGGCCGUCGUCACCCGAAUAAAUCGUAAAAAUAAAAUCCAUAAAAAAUAAAUAAAUCUUCCGAAAUCAUUCUUCCGCGCGCGAGCGCGUCUAGGACUUAGGAGGCGGCGGUGGCGGCGGUGGCGGUGGCAGCGGUGGCAGUGUCGGAGGUGGCAGGCGGUUCGGUCAUAUAAAGCGCCCCCCUCCCCCCCACGACUACGAGGGGAUUUCACCCGCUCACGACUCUGACCGCCCCCACGACUUUGGCGGCGGCGGCGGUGGAUAUCGAACGAACGACCGCGACAGACCGACCGAACGGCGGCGAACCGAAAAUCCGCUCGCAGAACGACGUGGGCACAAAUGCACGCAGUAUUAUUAUACGUACACUGUGAUAUAAUUAUUAUACCAUAUCGUCUUUACGUCGUACAAUAACUGUCUCCGCGUAUUUAUAAUAAUAUAUGCUGACCACGGCCAAUAUUUACAAGUAGGUAGGUAUAUGUAUAUGUAUUAAUAUAUUAUUAUGUUAUACAUAGUACAUACCCAUUACCUAUUUAAAUCAAUCUUCGCGAGUCUCAUACCGUUCCGCUCGUUUGUUUUUCGAAUUUACCUCACACGCCGCGCCACCGCCAUCUCGGACCCCCCCCCCCUUUCGACGCCACUCCCGCGUAUCCCGCACUCAACCACUUUGGCCUACUUUUCGACAACCGUCGCCGUCGUCCCCGGAAAUACCGCUCACCGGGCGCUCAGCCUGUUUUCGAAUAUAUACGUUUUUGUGCUAGCACGUUCUCAUCAUUAUUUUUUACUCUAUUAAAUAUACAUUAUGUUAUAUUAUAAAAAAAACCAUUACCAUUAUUAUUAUUAUUAUUAUUAUUAUUGUAUGUCUAUUAUAUUGUGUCCAUGAUUUACGUUUUUUGUGAAACAUCAAAGUAAAACAUCUAUAUCUAUAAACACUUGAAUCCAAUCUAUAA